AUGUUCGCCCUCGAGGAACCCAAGUCGAGAAAGCGACGACGAUCCCCACCAGAGCCCGAGGAUCUCAAGCCGGAGCCGAUAGCAAAGAAACAAAGACCUCUUUCGGAAAGCCGUGCACUCCCUCGCCAUCGUCCUCCCAGCUUCUGGGACACGCUGUCCAAAAUUCGAUUGAGUCGCGGCGCUCUCAGGGAGUUUGACCGCAGGCACAUUGAAGAGAAGGUUCAGCCACUUUGCACACUCACACCGAAGGCCGAAUCUCCCACAGGGCGUGCUCGCCUACUGCUCAAGAGAUUUGCUCGAUGUGGUGGGCCUGAUCUAUCACACCUUCGAGGGCUUGCCAGCUCACCUCCGAUCCUUGACAGAAUGAACGGUCAUACCAGUUCCUCAAACGGGAAACGGUCUUCAGCCUCCUCGAGGCCGAGCGCCUAUACUGGGACCACCUCUUCUAAGAUCACCCCGUAUAGCGGCAAUUUUGAGCAAAAACUGAUCGACAAUGGCAUCUACCCGAGCCUGUAUGAGCACCCCGAUGGUCGUCUAUCACAAAAACCGGCGAAUCUGAGUGACAUCCAGGCCGCACAACGCGUCCCUCGGGCAUCUCUCUCACCGUCGCGAUUCAAAGACGAAGAUUUUAAAGCCUUUCGGCGGGCAAACGCAAGAGCGUCCGGCGAGACUACUGGAAUGUAUAAUGUACUCCCUUUCAUCGCCGGAAAUGAGGCGGGCCAUCGUUUCGAGAUGGGUUUGCCAUUGAGCAACCUGAAACCGUUCGACAAAGAUCUCAGCGACCCCAGCCCCGACGUCUAUCACGGAGCGUCACUCUCGACUAUCCAUCCGCGGGUUCGUGCUGACUUAGGACCUUAUAUUAUUCCAUCGAAGGUCGAUACGACUCGUCCGGCUGCUCCGAACUUCUUCGUCGAGGGCGAAAGCGCUCAAGGACGAGCGGACGUGGCCGAGAGACAAGCCAUGUAUGACGGAGCAUUUGGGGCUCGAGCUAUACACGAACUUCGGAACUACAAAGCUGCAGAGCCAGAGUAUGAUAACAAAGCACGUAGCUUUUCUGCUACCUACUACGCAGGCACCGGCACCCUUCAAACCUAUGCGCACCAUCUCACUGCGCCGCUCACUCCUGGAGCGGAGCCAGAGUAUCACACGACUCAAACGCGCUCCUUCGCAAUGACAGACACAGCAGAACGGUUUCGAGAGGGCGCUACGACCUACCGCAACGAUCGGGACCUAGCAAAGACAGAGCGGGACAGCUCCAUUGCCCAUGCCAACCAGGUGGCUCGCCAGAUGCCCGCGCCCACCCCGAACGCCAGCUCCACGACCAGCCGCAUCCCGUUCGACGGUCAUUGCUGCCGGAUCGGACACCUCUGA